CUUUGGUCCGUACGGGACCCCGUAGUGACAGUCGCUGUGGUUGUUAAGGCGCGCACGAAGAAGCAUUAGUCAACAAGGCUGUAACAGUGAUUGUGUGUAAACAAGUCCACCAUGGAGGAGGUGACCCGCCUGGUAUCAUCUGGAGACUGUGUGAAGAUAUGGGACUCGAUGUCCAUGGCUCCAUUGGAGCAGUUCAGCCCGCACAGCAUUUCCCACCCUGUCGCCCAAGUCUGCUGGACCAGCAACAAUCAGUACCUGGUCAGCUCCAGCAGUGUGGGAGACAAGGUGGUUGUGUCCAGCCUCAAGUCCUCUCCUGUCACUGUUAUAGAGCUGGCUGAGGGAAAAAUGCAGACUCGUGUAUGUCUGAGUUCAUCCUCUCAGUAUCUGGUGAGCGGAGGUCUGGAUCACUAUGUUCACAUCUGGGACCUCAAGACCAGAAGACUCCACCGCUUACUUAAGGACCAUAAGGAGGAGGUGACCUGUGUGUCUUUUAAUGCUAAUGACAGUUACAUAGCCUCGGGCUCCACCAGCGGAGAGAUAAUUCUGCACAGUCUCACCACUAACCUGUCCAGCAAGGCCUUUGGCCAUGGCACCAACCAGCCUAUCCAUGAUCUCAAGCUGUCCACACUGAAGCGCUCUCUGCUGGGCACAGUGUCAGACAGCGGCACCGUGGUGCUCUGGGACUCAAACACCCAGAAGGAGCUGCAUGUGUUUGAGGGAGCUCACAAAGCCCCGGCGUCUGGCCUGGCCUUCUCUCCGGUCAGCGAGCUGCUGUUUGUUACUGUGGGCCUGGAUAAGAAGAUCAUCUGCUAUGACACUGUCAGCAGGAUUGUUUUGCGAGGUAUCCCUGUGGAGUCUCCACUGACUGCUGUGGACUUCAAUCCUGAUGGAACGGGGUUGGUGGUCGGCUCCACCCAAGGAAAGAUCUACCAGUAUGACCUGAGGAACUCAAGCGCACCCACCAGUGUCACCAUUGCACACAAAACCUCAGUCACCUGCCUGCGCUACCAGAACUCCAGCAAACUCAAGUCCAGUAAAGUUGUGUCCUCCAAGGUUUCCAGCAGCAGGAGACUCACUAGUAAGCUGUCCAGCGGAACAGGUCCAGCUCCCUCUGCAGGAGAGAAGAGAGAUGGACACACCCCCGGUACAGGGGGCCCUGGUGUGGAGGUGUUCUCCAGGGAGGGAGAGGGCCAGCAGAGGGCAGAGCAGCUUCCUGCUGUGGACAAGCCGAGCAGUGCCAGCCGCUGUAGCCUGGACAUGUUCUCUCCUGCACGGGAAGACACCAGGAUGCUGGGGACCAACGGGGAUAGACCUCCAGGCCGGGGACAAGCCAUGACUGUGGACGGCUCGUCCAGAGAAGGAGAGGGACAGCCGGUCAGAGGACGGACCAGCCUGGAUGUCUUCUCCCCAGUCAGAGACGACUCCUCUUAUCCAGUUGGGCCCCCCAACCGUAAGACACCCCUGGGAACACCGGGGACACGAUGCUACAGCCCCCUUUCAGUUUUCCAGACCACUCCACCAAUCAAAGAGGAGGAGCCUGUUGCCUCUGCUGCAGCUGAACCAUGUGACUCCACAAAGAGUGAUAAGGGCGAUGGUUCCAGUCCACAGGGGGAGGAGCAGAUCACUCCCACCUCAUCUGCACAGACCAAUUACAGCCAGCCUGCUCCACCAGAGCCCAGCCUCAGGAGACCCAGUGGACUUCAGGACCAGCUAAGCUCCGGCAGACCUCUCCAUGGAGUCCUGCCCACCUCGGCAGCAGGCUCGGCUCUGUUAGCCGCCACGGCCUCCUCUCUCUCCCAGAGCAUUGUAGAAGCAGCAGGGGGGCAGGGAGGAGAUGCUCCUCUCACCUCCCUCCAGAUUCACUUCAUCCAGAACAUGAUCCAUGAAACUCUGGAGGACUUCAGGGACGCCUGUCACAGAGACAUUGUCAACCUGCAAGUGGAGAUGGUGCGCCAGUUCUACAUUCAGCUGAAUGAGAUCCACAGCCUGAUUGAGAAGUAUUCUGUCAACGACUCUCUGGUGGAGGAGAUAGAGAAGCUGCGGGAGGAGAACAGGCGGCUGAAGACUAAUUUCUGACCUCAGUCACUUUAAACUACAGAUCUAGUGAAUCUCUUCACCUGCUGCCUUAAAACCCCGUCACUGUGGCGUAGCGCCUCCGCUGGCUGCUGCUCAGCGACAACACACUGCCUGGAUUCAUGAUCAGAUGACGACGUGUGAGCGGUUUGAUUACAUACAUGAUGGUUUGUGUGUCAUAGCAUUAGACGUAGACUGGUGGCUUGGUCCAGUCAGCUCAGCUCACAGGUGCCAAGCUCCUGUCAAGUCUACCUGCAUGUUUCUUUUAAAGCAACAUUUUUUUCCAGAAUAAUAAAGUUCUAUAUUAAUAAAAUCACCAGAAUGGUUUCUU